AUGUUUAAGGUUUUGAUUCUGGUAGGAUUUGUGGGUGCAGUUGUUGCAGAGCAUGCGUUCUCAUCGCAGCAUAUACACAAACACGACGGGCAUCAUGAAACCGUCCACCACGGACACGGAGACAAGCACCACCAUGAUUAUUAUACUCAUCCAAAAUAUGAGUUUGAGUACAAAGUUGAGGACCACCACACUAAGGACCACAAGAGUCAGCACGAGACCCGCGACGGUGACGCCGUGAAGGGAUACUACGCGCUACAUGAACCUGACGGUUCCGAAAGAUAUAUUCACUACCACGGUGACAAACACAGCGGGUAA